AUGGCUUCCAGCAAAACAGUUGUCCUGAUCACAGGCGGAAAUACCGGCCUGGGUCUUGAAAUCGUCAAAGCCUUAUACACUUCCGACAAAGCCUACAACAUCGUGAUUGGCAGCCGCAAUAUACAAAGAGGCCAAGACGCCAUAACCAGUGUCAAGCAAGAAACACCUGAAAGCAAGAGCUCGCUCUCCCUAGUCCAGGUGGACAUCUCCUCGGACGAGUCCAUCACAGCGGCACGAGACCAAAUCGCCUCCCAAUUCGGCCACCUUGACGUCCUGAUCAACAACGCAGGUGCGAACCACGAUGCAGAAUUCGAUGGGAAGCUCGGCUCGCGCGAAGGAUGGCUCAAGUCUUGGGACACCAACGUUGCCGGCAACAUGGUGAUGACCGACGAGUUCAUGCCACUGCUCGUCAAGUCUACCGAUCCGAGACUGCUGUUCAUCGCGAGCGGGACUUCCAGCUUGGCCGACACCUUGAGAAUGGAUCAUGCAGGCUUUGUGGCAAUCAACAGUGGUCCUGAAGCUGGUUGGCCGAAGCCGCCUGCGCCAUUCUCAGCUGUGAUGUACAGGACUGUGAAGACGGGGUUGAAUAUGGCGAUGCGUGAAUGGAGUCGUAUCUUGAGCAAAGAUGGAGUGAAGGUCUGGGGUGUAAGUCCUGGAUUCUUGGCCACGGGUCUUGCGGGCGUUGGACCGGAGAAGUUGAAGCAGAUGGGUGCCCUUGAACCUUCCAUCGGGGGACACUUUGUCAAGGACGUGGUAGAAGGCAAGCGUGAUGACGAUGUAGGAAGGGUUAUUCGCAAGGACGGUAUCCAGCCUUGGUGA